CUUUACAAGUCAAAAUAUUAGAUUCAGUUGUUCAUUCGCAUAGAAUUAUUAUCAAACAAAAAAAAAAAAAAAAAACAACCUCGUGAUGAAGUAAUCGAAUAAGCUUAUUUAACAGUUAGUUUAAUAUUGAGAUCAAUUAUUUUUGUCCAAUAAUAAUGUCUAUCUUGCAACGCGUUACUCUUAGCUCAGCUAGUAAAAAUAUUUUUAAAGUUUACGGAAGUAGACUUGUAAACUCAACUGCUAAGUAUUGCACUACUAACGAUGGUAAAGAGAAGAAUAUAAGUAAUGUUACAGUAAUAGGAGGGGGACUAAUGGGAGCUGGUAUUGUACAAGUUGCUGCACAAAAUGAUUUUGACGUUGUUAUAGUAGACAAAGAAGAUGAAUAUCUGCAAAAAUGUAUGGUAAUGGUCAGGAAAUCGAUUGACAGGAUAACAAAAAAAAAGUUUCCUGACGAGCCAAAGCUGGCUUCCAAAUUCGUCAACGAUACUUUAAACAGAAUAAAGACAGAAAAAGAGCCAAGUGUUGGUGUUGCCAAUGCUGAUUUAGUGAUUGAAGCAAUAACAGAAAAUCUUGAUGCCAAGUGGAAAUUGUUUGAAGUAAUAGAUAAAGCAGCCCCGAAACAUUGUAUUUUUACAUCAAAUACUUCUUCUCUUCCUAUUUUUGAAAUUUCUAAAGUGACUUCAAGACCUGAUAAAUUUGGUGGGUUACAUUUUUUUAAUCCAGUUCCAUUAAUGAAACUUGUAGAAGUAGUUAAAGCUGAAAACACAUCUCAAGAAACAUUUGAUACAUUGUUCCAGUUUUCAAAAGAUCUAGGGAAAAUUCCUGUUGCUUGCAAAGAUACUCCUGGUUUUAUUGUCAAUCGCCUUCUUGUACCCUAUAUGAUGGAAGCUAUUCGUUUUGUUGAAAGAGGCCAUGCAAAUGCUCGAGAUAUCGACACUGCAAUGAAGCUUGGUGCAGGUUAUCCGAUGGGCCCUUUUGAACUAGCAGACUAUGUUGGUCUGGAUACUAUUAAGUUUAUUGUUGAUGGUUGGCAUAAAAACAACCCUGACAAUCCACUUUUUAACCCAAGUGAAAUGCUGAACAGAUGCGUUGAAAUGGGAAAGUUUGGGAAAAAAAAUGGAGAAGGUUUUUACAAGUAUACAAACUGAUUUAAUGUAGAAAAUAGUCAAAAACUUCAAUUAAUCAUUCAUGAUAAAACUUUUUUUGAAAUAGAUAUCAUUUCAGAGUUUAUUCUGUUGAUUUUAUUGAUGUUAAAACAUUGAAUAUUUUACAAGUUUUACAGGUAAAUAUUAUUUUACCAGUAAAAUAAUGUUAAAAGUAAAAUUUCUUUUGAUUAAAGUUUCUUUUCUAAUUAACAUUAUUUAAAUGAUUUUUCGUAACUAUUUAACUUUAUUGUUUUAAAAUUUUAUUUCCAAACAUUGUCUUAUUUUUUUUAAAGUUUAUACUUUGUUGUAGUUUUUAUUUAAACGGUCUAAUGUGUAUGAGAUAUAUUCAAGUAA